CCCUCAGGAUUGCUGCGUGCUCAAGAUGCACUGAUCUUAUCGGUGAUUUAUGUAAUUACAAAACUGACCGAGCACGCUCAACUUCUUGCAUCACCCGGGCGAGAUGACGAGAGAGGGAGAGGGGGUAACAAAAUGGUUAGGAGCUCCGUUGAAAGGAAUCCAUCAGAAAGUUUUCAUUUGCUCGUUUGAUGCUGUGAAUACGUGUGUGGAUUCUGCCCUGAGCUGCACAUACACGGUGAGAUCGUGUGCUGGUCUAUUCUGCCGCACACAAUUGCGAACCCCGCGGGGAGGAAUUGGAAUAAAAAAGGGCGCGAGAAAGAGCGAGCGAGAGAGAGAAAUAUUGUUCUCUCUUUACUUUCUCGAUCCUGUGUGUAACCAGGCCAGCAAUUACAGCAGCAUUCGAUCCGCCAAUAUCCCCACAGGGGCGUCCUAUUUGACGGCAGACUGAGCAGAGAGGAAAGUGUGUGUCGGUCGUAGAGCAGUCCGGGCAACCGUCUUGUGCUCUUCGCGCUCGCCAAGAUGAAUUCUGGAUGCUGCAUGGUUGAUUAGCGUCAGCUUCGUUUUCUUAAAAACUCAUCCUUCACUUGCACUGCACUGAUGACCGGGCGGUGAUUGAGAGGCGCAUUUGACGCAUCAAAACACCGGGAGGUCUGCCAUCAACGAUGGAGUCCGACCUGACCAACUGGGGGGAUUUUCUUGUCUUCGGAGCGUUCUUGUUCUUCCUGGGCAUCGGUUGGACUUUCAGCCGCUGUUACCGAGACUUUUACAAGGGGUGCGAGUCGGUGAACGCCCGGAAUGAGAUCAUGGAGGCUCUGUUCGUUCGCUCGAGCGCGGAAGCCCUUGUGAUUUUGAGCUUCUCUGGUCUGGUGCUCUUGAUUGGGUUGUUACGUGGGACAGAUCCCGCGUUGGAGGGGAACAAGUGGAGUAUCUGGUUUGCCUGGCUGCCGUUCUCAGCCUACGCCGCGUGCAGAUUGGCCGAGGACCGCUGGUCUAGGGUGUGGCGGCGUAUCAGCCGGCUGUGCCUCGCUGGGACAUUCUUGUGCCAGUUUGUGGCCCUGUCCGCCCACAUGCACCGAUUCCCGGACGGUACAGACCGCACAAUGUACGAACCCCAGUGUCUAACCGUCCUAGUCGCCGCCGGUAUAACAAUCACCGAGGUAGUGGUACCGGUAAAGGAACGCAUGCGAUGGGUGCGUUGCGGCUGCACCAUGGUGCAAGGAACGUGGUACGUGCAAGUCGGCUUCACGCUAUGCGUGAGCGGACGGGAGUGGCAGCGUGAGGAUAACGUCACGCUAACCGUGGCCCUCAUAUUCCUAUGGCACUGUGCGCUCAGCACUCUCAUCGUUCACUUCGUGAGGAAAACUGUCAAGUCUGCGCUAUGUGCUGAGCCCUACAUUGAGGGCGAAUUGGAGUCUUGUGAUGAAGACUACGACAUCGUCAAUGUUUUCGACGACGAGCCAGAUGCAGCUGACAUCGAUGACAUUUCAGACGAUAUCCAGAAGUAUAAAACAUGACCAAUCAUACUUUUUAAUUUAAAUUUGAAUAGGCAACUUUGAAUCCAAACCAGUGUGGUUGUGAGUAAUUAUUUAGGUCAUGUCAAAUGAGGCAAUGCACAAACACUUGGUGUCAGGCAAUUUCCAACACGAGAACGACAGGCAAACUAAAAUGUCAUAUCUUGUUUUACAUAUCUUAGAAAUUUCCGAAUUCUAAAGGGUGCCAUAAUUAUGCCUGCAGAGCGUUCAGUUGACUCCACAGUGCCUGUGACAGUUACCUCGUGUGACUUGACCUUUAAUCCUGCGAGGCGAACUGUGACGUUUGCCAUUGGUUGAGACCAUUAAAAUAAUGGUUUGAAUUGCUGCUGGUACAAAACAAAAAUGAAAUCUUUAUCAUGGUGUCAUAAAUACAUUUUAGAAUAUCAUGCAGUAUAUAACCUGUGGUUCAAUGGAGAUACCUCGCCAUGUUCAAGUUUACACCACAAUUUUUGUUUUUCAUUGAAAAAUAUAUAUGGAUAUUUCGGUCUCCAUCGAUCUUAGAUGGUACUGAUGCCCUCAACAUACCAAUUAACCAAAAUGUUUAGCCAUGAACUACGUCGAUGUUUAUUCUGGGCCCGACUUCUUGGCUCUGCUUAUACACAAUUAGCGAAAAAUCCCUGCUUACUAUAGCAGAACAUUUUAUGCUUACGGUAAGCAUAUUUAAGGGUUUAAUGAUGUUUGGCUUAUGCUCAUGCGCACAUCCUGUAACUAAGAAUUCUGUGCUUACUGGGUUAGCGCAGAAUUACAGUAGCGCUGUUAACACAAAAUGGUGAGCGCCAUAAAAUGGAACCCCGAAUUUGUGAACACGGUACGUUUUGAUACCAUGUUCGAAUAGGGUAUUUGUGGCUACGUCUUCGCCUUUUGCUGUGGCUAGGGCUUCGGCGUUUGCCACUGGUCCACGCUGGUUAAAAUAGCCAUAGCCGUAGCCGCUGUCAACAAUGCCCGUCUCCGAUAUGCCCUAAUUACCAACAAAAUCGAGGUAACUAAAACGUUGACCUCCUAAAUUCAUGACAAAAGUGCCCUCAGCAGUUUCUUUCCUCGAUUUGUUCCUCGACACAAAUGGAACGCCUUGCCAGUUCAGAUUUCACAGAAAAGAUUGCAAUCGAUGAUGAAUAGUAGAUUUUUUUUUUUUACAUCGAAGUACGUUUUUGCCAUGUUCGUUUGCGAAUAUUUUCAUGCGUAUUUUGUUUUAUCACUGAUUUUGAUUUACUAGGUUUAAACAAUAUAUCUACAUCUUAAAGACAAUGCAUGUGGCAUGAUAAUGUAUUGUAAGCUUCGAAAGUGAAUUAGAAUGCACAUGUGAACUAUUGUAAUAGGUAACAUGCCUAUGUCAAACCAAAAUAUGCAAAAGAAUAUACAUGUAUAUAAUUAUAUGCAUCCAAAGAAUGUAGGAAAGCCUUUUAACUGUUAUAUUUUGUUGCUCUCUGAUGUACUCUUUCCGUUUAUAUUUGAGAAGUUGUUAAACAUACCUUCAUUAUUUUAAAUAACCUUUUCUUUUUUCUAUCUUGGGCAAACCUGGUAGGCCUUCAUGUCAGUUAAGUUAUAGACCGAUUUGGCACACUGUGAAAUAAAUAUG